AUGUCCACGCUGAACGGAGCAGCUCGUCGUAAGACGACUCAUCACACUAUCGGCGUUCUUCAGGUACCUGGUGACGGCAACGAACUCGCUCAGAACAGCGAUGCGCUCUCGGCUGCAGAACAGAAAAGGGCGCUGAAGAAAAUGGACCUUCGGCUCGUCGUCUUCGUGGGCAUCAUGUACUGCUUUUCGGUCAUUGGUCGAUCAGCACUCGCUUCUGCCAGUGUCGCGGGGAUGGCGGAUGAUCUCCAGCUCGUCGGUAACAGAUUCUCCGUGACUAUCGUCGUAUUCUUCGCCACAUAUAUUCUCUUUCAACCCGUUUCGACCAUCGUGGCAAGAACAAUUGGGCCGCGGCUCUACUUUUCUGCCAUUACACUGUCGAGCGGCCUUGUCGUCAUUGGGAUGGGCCAUGCAAAGUCCUGGAUAGACAUGAUCGUCAUGAGAUUGCUCCUUGCUGAGGUUGGAUCUCGAUUCUCGUGGUUUUACAUUCUCGUCUCCGUGUCCUAUGCUUUCGGGGGCCUUCUCGCCAGCGGGCUCACAAGAAUGGACGGCCUCGGGAACUUACGCGGAUGGUCGUGGAUCUUCAUGAUAGAUGGCAUCAUCACCUGCCUGAUUGGCCUGGCCGGCCUUUUUCUACUGGCUGAAUUUCCCGACACGACAAAACCUUCACGACACUUUCUCUCAAGCCGCGAGCUCGCCUGGGUCAGAUCGCGGGUCAAUGCCGACCGUGGAGACGUCGCCAUCUCGAAGCUCACUUUGAGAAAGCUCAUGCGCGGCGGUCUUGACCCCAAGGUGUGGGCGUUCGCACUCAUCUUCUUCAACAACGCCGUUGUCAACUUUGCGCUGGCAAACUUCCUUCCCAUCAUUCUCCGGAAGAACAUGGGCUUCAGCGUCGCCAAGUCCCAGGCCCUGGUCGCGCCUCCGUACGUUUUCGCCGCAAUAGUCAUGCAUACAGUCGGCUGGCUGGGAGACCGAUACCGCGUUCGCGGGCCCUUUCUCGUCGCCAUGAUGCUGCUGUCCAUCACCGGCACAUCGCUUAUGGGCUUCCAUCAGAGAACCGGGUUCCGCUACUCCGGCGUGUUUCUCACAGCAGCGGGAACGACGAGCGCUGUGCCGGUGACGAUGGCGUACCAGGCGAACAACAUCAGGGGCCAGUGGAAGCGGGCCUUCUCGAGUGCACUCGUCGUUGGCGUCUCCGGCUUUGGUGGUAUUUUCGGGACCUUGGUGUUCAGAUCGCAAGAUGCGCCGGCGUAUCUGCUGGGGCUGACGACGUGCUUGGCAUGUGCGGUGCUUAACAUCCUCAUCGUGCUCAGUUUGACGAUUUACUUCUACUUCGCAAAUUUGAGGGCCGAUAGAGGUGAGGUUGAGCUUGAGAUAUCAGAGGAAGUACGAACACAAGGAUUUCGUCAUACGCUUUAA